AUGCCCAAGCCCACGCCCAAGCCCGCGCCGAAGCCCACCGCCAAGCCGCCGCAGAAGACGGUCACACCGCUUGCGGGCGCUGGUCUUGCAGGCGCACCAGGUCAAGCGAAGGGCGAGAAGGAGCCGCGGAGGCGAUCCUUAGUGAUGGAAGAUCUCGGCGAUGCCAUGCUCCAUCAACUGAGCACAUCCGCGAAGACCGCGGAGGACACAGCGAGUCCAGCGUUGCCGCAGGAGGGCACCGCGCAGCCCAAGGCAGUGGAUGACACAGUGGUGGUUCGCAGACCCAAGUCUGCGCGUGUUGAGAAGGUGAAAGACGAUGAUUCUGAGGAGACUCGACAGAUGUUCGACAAGCGAGAGCUGCGGAAGCGCCACAAGGAGCUCUUCGAGCAGCACGUGGAUCAGUGGCGACGAAGACAGACAGUGGCCACGGCCUUGGGCCGCAAAAUCGUCAUCCACAACUGCCUCACGAAAGCUGACCUUCGUUCCCUCUUCAUUUCGCACAUGGGCUUCCAAUUUGCACACGCCUUUGCUGAGUCGGUGUCAGAGGAUGAGGUCUAUCGGCAUUGUGCAGCCGAUGCGGUCCAACACAUGUUGGCUGGAAAGGUGGCCACAGUCUUCAUGUUUGGUCAAACUGGGAGCGGUAAGACGCACACCAUGAGCGGCCUGUUCCGCCGGGCGGCGCAGCACAUCUUUCGGUCUGAAUCCUCGGUGACGUUGACGGCCUUCGAGAUCGCUGGGAAGGUGAUGCGCGACCUGUUGGAUCAGAGUUCCAAGGAGUUGAAGAUCCGAGAGGAUAAGAGUGGCAAGACACAAAUCCUUGGACUGCAAGGGUCAGACAUUUCAUCGCCUGAUGCGCUGCUGAGUGGUUUGACCCAAGCGCAAGGCGGUCGGGCCACUCGCGCAACACAGGUGAACGAGACUUCGUCGCGCUCCCACGCGGUCUUUUGCAUCACCAAAGGUGAUGCCACCCUGACGUUGGUGGAUUGCGCGGGCAGCGAGCGAAGGGAAGAUGCCACGCAGCACGAUGCGCGGAGCCGCAAGGAUGCCGCUGAAAUCAACUCGACCAUCUUCGCGCUCAAGGAAUGCUUUCGUGUCAUGCGAUCCUCCAAAGGUCAGCCGCCCUAUCGGGAGAGCUUGUUGACUCGUGUGCUGGCCGACAGCUUCGGUAGUGCCGAAGCCUUGGUGGUGGCCAUCGGCACAGUGAGUCCUGCGGCCAAGGACACGGAGCACUCCAUUGGAACUCUCCGUGCACUUCAGCAGCUGCAAGGGACUCAAAUGCUCUUUGAUGAGCGGGAAGAUGUCGGCAAGCCCAAAGCUGAGGUGGAGAAGCCCAAGGAAAGCCAUCCCAAGUCAUGGUCCGAGACAGAGGUGCGGCAGUGGUUGGAAGAGGCUGCUGGUGGUCGUGCCAAACAAUUUGCUGCCUGUGUCUCCAAGGGCACCGACGGCAAGAAUCUGCUCCGCUGGCCCAAUGUGCGCUUUGUACAGCUCUGUGGCGGAGAUGACGAUCUUGGCAACAAGUUGUACCAGGCGCGUUGUUUUCAUGUUUUCAACGAGCUUAUUUUGGGGACGGGACGCCUAGAGCGGUCUGGCGAUGCAUCCAACUCGAGGCCUGAAAAACAGGUCCAGUGUGACAUGUCGGUGAACCCGACUUGCUCCUGA